AUGCCGGAUUCCAGACGCCCGUUGGCUCCUGCCCCGACUGGUGCGAUCGCCGGAAAUGGCAUUCCGCAACGGAGGAAGAACGUCGGUACUGCGUGCUUGGCGUGUAAAGCGCGCAAGCUGAAGUGUACUGGAAAUUCUCCCUGUGCGAACUGCAUCAAGAAUGGCCUCGAGUGCACCUUGAAUCAAGCCGCCGACAAACGCCGUCGCGGCCAUAUGAAACGGAAGAUCGAUCUUCUGGAGGAUAAGGAGGAUCUCUUGAUCGGGCUAGUCGGCGUUCUGCGUGAAACUGGCAACCGUCGCACCAUCACCUUGUUGAAUCUCAUCCGCAGCAAUGCUUCGCUGAGUGAGAUCCGGAAUUACAUCGACCAGGAGCUGCCUGAAGCUGAUCUCGAACGGACCCCGGAACUGGUCGAAGUGUGCCAUAGGGUCCAGCGUCUACCACAGACCGAGUCGCGCUCCGUUCGCCGCAUUCUCGAUGCCAAACGACUGUCGGAUAUUCCACGAUUCCGUGUCCCUGCGCAACCGUGGACUGCUGUUGACGAUGACGAUUUUGUCUCGCAUCUUGUUUCCCUGUGGUUCACCUGGUGUCACCCGUUUUGCAACUGGAUCGACCGCGAGCUCUUCAUCCGGGACAUGCAGACGGCGAAUCCCCGUGCGUCGUACUGUUCCCCGUUCUUGGUAAAUAGUAUUCUUGCGGAUGCAUGUGCCUACUCGGAUUACCCCGAGGCAUAUGCGAAAGCGGGGGAUGUCUCGAGUCGAGGAUCGAAUUUUUACGACGAGGCAAAACGCUUGCUGGAUAAAGAAGAGGGGCGGAUCUCCCUUCCGACUGUCCAAGGAUUGGGGGUCCUGUGGUCGUGUUCUUUGAUGACUGGUCGCGACCGCCAAGGUUGGAUCUUUCGCAGCCAGUUGGCGUACUCGGUACAGGAACUUGCUCAGAACGAGUCAGUUCAGGCACCGGAAGCAGACGAGAAUGCGUUUCGAAUGGCUGGAGUGAUCAGUCAUGCACACUGGGGUUUAUUCAACAUUGCCACGGUGCAAGCUUUGUUCCAGAAGAAAAUGCCGCCGAUCAAGCCGCCGGCACCAGUCUCACUGCCACCUGUCAGACAUGAAUACGAGCAGGACGACUGGCAACCUUAUCCCACGUUCGCUGAGAGAAUCCAGUCGCACACGGACUGCCUUUUCAACGCGCUCUGCAAACUGAACCUGAUUACGUACGACCUGUGCCGGAUUUUCUUCCGAGGUGACACCGAGCAGUCCCACGUCGAAAUGCAGCGUCAGACUGAGGCGGUACACAGUCGAUUGCGCCAAUGGGCGGACCAUCCCCCGGGGUGUCUUAAGGGGAGUGAAAUCGAAGCGCCACAUACCCUGUGCCUGCACAUGUACUACCAUGUCAUCAUCAUGACCAUCUGCAGCCUUAGCAGGGCCGUUUUCGGAACGGACCAUGCUUCCCAGGACGAGCUGCGCCUCUCCUCGGCACGCAACAUCGCCCAGCUGCUACACAUCCACCGCACCUCGUGGGGGGUGGACCGCAUGCUGGUGCACAACAUUCAUUGGAUCGCAACGGCAUUAUUCGCUCUGGUUGACCGACUGGACGAUCCGAGCAACCGCAACGCGUUCAUUAACAUUUGUGUCACUGCCAAAGCCUUCUCGCGAAGAUGGGAGUCGAGUAACACCAUCCUUCGUUCGCUACAAGCUACGGCGCGGGAGAGGAAUAUUGUCCUGCCGACGGAGACCGAUCCACUAUUUGCAGAAUUGGAGAAACACCGUCCGCAUCGGUUGCACAUCAAACAUGAUAUAUCGACUGAUCCGGGGAGUAGCGAUGUGUGA